GUCUUUUCAACGUCACUCUUGAAUUCGAUAAUAACUAAAGUUGCCACACACAGAGAGCGUUUCAAUCUGCGCCGCCAAGAUCUAUACCAGUUGACGCUUUUGAUGCACAGUCUAAUAAGUUAGCCUUUAACUUCUCUGACACGAUCAUACUCACGCCCCACCACCAUGCCUCCCACCGACCAGACCAAGCAGCGAGACAUCACCAUCAUAGGCGGCGGCAUCAUCGGCUGCACCACGGCAUACUUCCUCACGCGCCACCCGUCCUACUCGCCCUCGGCCCACCGCAUCACGCUCCUGGAGGCCGCAUCGACCAGCAGCGGCGGGCGCACGGGGGACAGCAUCACGGACCCGGGCGCCCUCGCCGGCGAACCGGGGCGCGCGCAAGAGAUCAACCCCGCGCACGACGGCAUCGCGGGCGGGGCGAGCGGCAAGGCCGGCGGGCUGCUGGCACGGUGGGCGUUCCCGGCCAACAUCGUGCCGCUCAGCUUCGGGCUGCACGACGAGCUGGCCAGGGAGCACGGCGGCGCCGCGCGGUGGGGGUACCGGCGGUGCCACGCGGGCCAGGUCGAGUGCAGGGCGCGGAUGCCGGGCGGGGGAGCAGGAGAAUAUGCUCUAGCUGCCGCCGACGGGGAGGGGGAGGAGGUGGAGGAGGUGACCAAGGGCCUGCACAAGGACCACAGGAGGGCCAUCGGCGGCAGCGGCCCGGGCAGGCUCAGGACGCUCGGCGCGCCGCAGGACCUCGACUGGCUCGACGCGGAGGAGGCGCUGGUCGCGUACGACGGCAUGGGCACGCCCGACGACACGGCGCAGGUGCACCCGGAGCUGUUCACGCGGAGCAUAGCGCAGCUCGCCGAGGAGGGGGGCGUGCGGAUCGUCACGGGGGCGAGGGCCACGGCCAUCACGAGGGAUGAUAGCAGCAACGGCGGUCGCGUGGAGGGCGUGACGUACAUCAACACCAAGGACGGGGACGGGAGGGAGGAGCACCUCCCGACGACGGACUGCAUCGUCGCCGCCGGCCCGUGGACGCCGCGGCUCCUCCCCGGGAUCCCCGUGCAGGCGUCGCGCGCCCACUCGGUCGUGAUCCGGACGCCGCGGCCCCUCUCGCCCUACGCCCUCUUCACCUCCAUCGCCCUCCCGGCCGGCUUCCCCUCGCCGUCGCCGUCGCAGCAGCAGCAGCAGCAGCAGCAGACCGUCGAGCCGGAGAUCUACGCCCGCCCGGACGGCACCGCCUACGCCUGCGGGCCGACCGACUCGGCCGUGCCGCUGCCGCUGACGGCCGCCGGGGUCGAGGUCGACCGCGCCCGCUGCGACGACAUCGCCGCGCAGGCCGGCGCCGUCAGCGACGAGCUCGGCCGCGGCGGGGAGGUCCUCGCGCGCCAGGCGUGUUACCUGCCCCAGGGCGGGCCGUUCAUCGGGCCUGUGCCUGGCCACGACGGGGUCGUGGUCGCGGCGGGGCACACGUGCUGGGGCAUCCAGAAUGCCCCCGGCACGGGGAAGCUGGUGAGCGAGAUCGUGUUUGAUGGGGAGGCAGUCAGCGCGCGGCUUGGGGGUUGUGAUCCCUCGCGGGUUGUGUGA